AUGGGAAGCCUUCCCGAUGCCGAGCAGCCAUGCGUCACGCUGGACCAAGUGAUCCGGCGGCGCGCCGAGACCCAUGCCGACCGAGUGCUCCUUUCCUACCCGGCGAACGAGUCCGACUUCGUGGACUACACCGGCGCGGAUCUGGAGCGGUUAACCAGACUCGCCGCCCACCAGUACGCCGAAGCGUUCGCGCAGCUGGACGACGCGACGCGCCCCGUCGGGCCAUCCGGCACGGUCGCCAUGGUGGGCGUCUCGGAUCUGGACUACUACAUCACCUUCCUCGCCCUCCAACGCCUCGGCCUCAGCUCCAUGUUCAUCUCCCCUCGCCUCGCCGACCAAGGCUUCACCCACCUCCUCGCCUCGACCCGCUGCGCCGUCGUCAUCGCCUCCGGGCCCUCCCAGGCCACCAUGGCCCGCCUCCGCACCUCCUCCAACCUCCCCAUCUCCCUGAUCCCCAUGCUCCCCACCACCUCCCUCACCGACUCCCCCAAACCCCUGCCGCCGCCGCCCUCCUCCUCCGACACCACCACCACCACGCCACCUCAACGCUUCAUCAUCCACUCCGGCGGCACGACCGGCCUCCCCAAGCCGGUCCCGCUCCUCGCGCGCUCCUGGCUCCUCCAAGCCGCCGCCAUCGCGGGGCGCAUGCCGCGCGCGGCCGCGCUGUCGACGCUGCCGCUCUUCCACAGCUUCGGGCUCGCGACGCUGCUGCGCUGCCUCGUCAACGGCGCGCGGCUGGCGCUCCUGUCCGCGGCGCGGCCCGUCACCGCGGGCGCGGUGCUGGGCGGGCUGGACGCGACGGGCGCGGCGGCGCUGGUCACGGUGCCGUACGUGCUCAAGUUCCUUGCGGAGGCGGAGGCGGAAGGGGAAGGAGGAGGCGGAGGCGUGUUUGGGCGGCUGGCGGCGCUGGAGCAGGUCGUUGCGGCGGGGAGCGCGGUGCCGGAUGCGUUGGGCGACGCGCUGGUCGUCGGGGCCGGGGUGAGGCUGUUCCAUCUGUACGGGUUGACCGAGUGCGGGGCGCUGAUGGAGCCGUCGAGGGAGCGGCGCGAGCUGUGGAAUUGGGUCACGCCGUUGCCCGACGCGGCGCCGUUUCUGAACUUCGAGGCUGUGGCGGCGGCGGCGGAGGAGGAGGAGGGGGAAGGCGGCGAGACGCUGUACCACCUCGUCGUCCUGCCGGGGCUCAAGGCGAAGGUCCUUUCGGAUCGGCCGGACGGCUCGUAUGCGACAAAGGAUCUCUUCAGGCGGCACCCCGAGCUGCCGAAUCACUGGAAGUUUGCUGCUAGACUCGAUGACAUCGUCGUGCUCGUGAACGGCGAGAAGGCCGACCCGGGCCCGCUCGAGACCGCCGUCACGAAGAACCCGCUCGUUGCCGCUGCCGUUGUGUUUGGCGCUGGCCGCGACGCACUAGGCAUGGUUGUCGUGGCGUCGGAGCGUGCCGCGGGUCUGAGCGAGGCACAGAUCGUGGAGAGGAUCCUGCCGGAUUUGGAGCGGGGGAACGAGGGUGUGCCGGCGUAUGCGAGGGUUGCACCUGAAGCGCUUGUGGUGAAGGGUGCGGGUACGCGGUUUCCGAGUACGGAUAAGGCGACGGUGAUACGGUCGUCGUUUUUGAAACAGUUUGCUGGCGAGAUUGAAGAGUUCUAUGCGAAGAGAGAGAGGGCGAAGGAGGAUGAUGCGGAUGAGGAGGAUCUCGACCCGCUCGACGAUGCUGGCGUGCGUGAUCUGGUCCGUCGAACUGUCCGCGGGGAGUUGAAGCUUGGGGAAAGGGGCGCGGAUCUGACUGAUGAAUCCGACUUCUUCGCUCUAGGAAUGGACUCUCUGCAGGCUACCAAUGUGCGGUCUCGACUACUGAAGAGAGUCAGCCUUGGUGGUCGCGGACUUGCCACCAAUGUCGUCUUCGAUCAUCCGACCGUGGAGCUCCUGGCCACUCACCUGCUGAAAGUCCGAGCUGGUCAGGAAAACGAACAGCAGUCGACCCAGGACUUCGCCAUGCGUCUUUUGGAAAAAUACAGUACCUUUGACAGCCAGCCUGCUCCCAGGACAGCCACGCCCCCAGAAAAGGAGUCCAUUCUCCUCACCGGCGCCACCGGAGCCCUCGGCAUCCAUAUCCUCUCCGUCCUCCUCCCCAACCCCUCCAUCGCCACCAUCCACUGCCUCGUCCGCGCAUCCGACGCGCCCACCGCCCUCUCCCGCAUCCACACCGCGCUCCGACGCUCUCACCUCCUCACCACCUCCUCCCCCUUCCUCUCCAAAAUCUCCGCCAUCCCCUGCGACCUCUCCUCCCCCCGCCACGGCCUCGCCGCCAUCCCCCCGGCCACCCUCGCCCACAUCACCGCCACGACCACGCGCGUCAUCCACGCCGCCUGGAGCGUCGACUUCAACCGCUCGCUCCGCAGCUUCGACGCCGCGUGCCUGGCGCCGACGCACGCGCUGCUGCAGCUGGCCGCGGCCAGCACCGCGGCGCCAAAGCCCGUGUUCGUGUUCGUGUCGAGCAUCGCCGCUGCGUUGCGCGCGGGGGCUUCGUCGUCGUCGGCGGCGUCGUCGGCGGCGUCGACGCCGUCACUGACAUCGACGACCACGACCACGACCACGACAUCCUCGCCACCAUCCCCUGCCUCCUCGUCGCCGGCCGGCGGAGCUCGCAUCCCGGAAGCGCUCUACCCGUUCUCCGCCGCCGCGGACGGCAUGGGGUAUGGCCAGAGCAAGUGGGUCGCGGAGCAGAUGUGUGCUGCCGCUGCCGCUGCCGCCACCGCUGCUUCUCCUGGCGGCGGUCCUGGCGGCGGCGGUCUCGGCAUCGAGACGCGCGUCCUGCGCGUCGGCCAGCUCUGCGGCGACACGGCGCACGGGGUGUGGAAUCCGGCGGAGGCGGUGCCGACGACGGUGCGGGCGGCGCUGGGGGGGUCGUCUGUCGGGGCGCUGCCGGUCGUCGAGGGCGACGAGGAACUGUCGUGGUUGCCGGUGGAUGUGGCGGCGAGGGCGGUGGUGGAGUUGGCGUUUGCGGAGACGGAGGCGGAGGCGGGGGGGUGCAGGGUUUGGCACGUGGAGAACGAGAAGAGGGUGAGGUGGAACGAGGAGUUCUUGCCGGCGUUGAGGAAGGCCGGGUUGGCGUUUGAGGCGGUGCCGCAGCGGGAGUGGGUGGGGAGGUUGGAGAGGAGCGAGCAGGAUGGGGAGAGGAAUCCGCCGGUGAAGUUGUUGGAGUUUUUCAAGAAGAGGUAUGGUGGGGCGGCGGUGGUGGGGGAGGAGGAGCACCCAGCGCAUCCGGUGUUCGAUAUGACGGAGGCGGGGAAGUUUGCGCCCAGUCUGCGCGGAGGAACGGUGGUGGAUGAGGCGCUUGUGGAGAAGUUUUUGCGGUUUUGGAUGGAGGAGUGGACCGGGGAGACUGGUGAAGACCAAACGAAGUCUUCUUCACCAGUCGAGAUGAGGGCGACAUGCGGAGCCAUCUUCCCGAACUUCGAAUUUUCGAAGACAUUCAUCUUUAUCAUAUACUGUGACACGGGCGAUGACGUGAGGGUGGAGGAGGGGAAGACGGGCGGUGGUGUCGGCGAUUGGCAGGCGCACGGACGCGUCACAACGCGUGAAGCUCUCUCGGCCACCAGCACCGACGCCAGAGCUGCGACAUCACUUUCGACCAUGCUGCCCGAGGAAUUGCUCCUCACCACGCUGAGCGAGAAAUUUCCAUGUCGUGAACUGCAGAUUCGACAGCUUGCAGCUCUCUACAAUCCGCCGCUUCCCAGCCCUUCUACCCUCAUUGUACAUGGCCUCGAUGCUACCGGCAAGACUUCGAUAGUGCGCGGCGUCCUCGAGACCCGCAAACUACCUCACGCCAUCAUCAACUCCCGCGAGUGCAUCACCGGCCGCCACCUGCUCGAGCGCACCCUCGCCGCCUGCCUCGACGCCGUCGACGAAACCGACCCGGACACACCCCUCGACCGCGCACCGUACGCCCGCUGCGAGAACCUGAGCGCGCUCUUCGUCCAGCUGCAGCGGCUGCUCCACGGCACACCCCGCUUCGUCCUCGUCUUCGACGGCGUCGACAAGCAGCGCGAGGCGCCGCCGACGCUGCUCCCCGCGCUCGCGCGGCUGGGCGAGCACGUCCGCGGCCUCAGCACGCUGCUGGUCCUCUCGGCGCCGCCGCGGCCGCGGCUGCUGCACGCCGCCAGCACGCCGUGCGUGCACUUUCCGUCGUACGCGCGCGACGAGGCGGUGCUGAUCCUGGCGCGGCGCGGGCCGCCGUCGACCAUCUACCUCGUGCCGCCGAGCCCGUCCAAGGGCUACACGGCGGACCUGGCGGCCGAGGACGACGCGUGGGUGUGGACGCGCUUCCUGGGCGUGGUGUGGGAGGCGCUGGCGAAGAGCGCGGCGCGCGACGUCGUGGGCUUCGCCGCGCUGGCCGACAAGCUGUGGGACGCGUUUGUCGCGCCCGUCCGCGACGGCGCGUUCGGGACGCGGGAUUUCUCGCGGCUGCUGGUGCAUCGGCGCGCGAUCUUCCAGAGCGAGGCCGCGCUUGUGGACAGGGUGGUCGUGCCGCAGGAGUCGGACGAGAGCGGCGGCGGCGGCGGCGCGUCGAAGCCAAGGGCCACCCACGACCUCCCCUACUUCUCCAAAUACCUCCUCUGCGCCGCCUACCUCGCCUCGUACAACCCCGCGCGCCAAGACGGCAUCUACUUCAUGAAGGCCAGCGAGAAGAAGCGACGCAAGCGCGGCGGCGGCACCGCCACCUCCACAUCCGGUCGCCGCGCCGCCGCCCAACACCGCAAGAUCUCGCGCCACCUGCUCACGCCCUCGGCCUUCCCGCUCGACCGCCUGCUCGCCAUCUUCCGCGCCGUGCUGCCGCCGCAGGACGCGCCGCCGGCUUCGGCGGAUGUGUACACGGCGGUCGCGACGUUGAAUUCUCUAAGGUUGCUACUAAGGAGUGGCGCCGCGGGCGCGGAUCCGCUGGAUGGGAGUUGCAAGUGGCGGGUGAAUUAUGGGUGGGAGUAUGUGAGGGAUUUGGGGAGGAGUGUGGGGUUGGAGAUGGGGGAGUAUUUGGCGGGGGUGGUGGAUGCGUGA